ACCCUAAACCCACUAGAACCCUUUGAGUCGUCUUAAAGCGCAGCCCUCCCUUCUCCCAAACAGAGCGUCGCCCUAGAGAGCAUCACUCUCACCCUCCUCCUCAAUCAACCAAAAUCAUCAUCAUGCGACCUCCCAGAGGUGGCGGUAGUUUCAGAGGCAACCGCGGUGGCGGAGGUUUCAGAGGCCGCGGCGGCGGAGACUUCAGAGGUGGCCGUGGUGGCUUCCGCGACGAAGGCCCUCCUUCGGAAGUGGUAGAGGUUUCAACGUUUGUUCAUGCAUGUGAGGGUGAUGCUGUCACAAAGCUCACACAUGAGAAGAUACCCUAUUUCAAUGCCCCAAUCUAUCUGCAGAACAAGACUCAGAUAGGCAAAGUCGAUGAAAUUUUUGGCCCAAUUAAUGAAUCUUACUUCUCGGUCAAAGUGAUGGAAGGCAUUGUGGCAACUUCAUAUUCACAGGGUGAUAAGUUCUAUAUUGACCCAGCGAAGCUUCUUCCUCUUGCAAGAUUUCUUCCACAGCCCAAGGGACAGAAACCAGCUUUUUCUCGAGGUGGAGGACGUGGAGGCAGGGGACCUCCAAGGGGUGGCGGCAGAGGUGGAGUUUAUCGUGGCAGGGGACCUCCAAGGGGGGGUGGCAGAGGACCCCCGAGGGGUGGGCGUGGUGGCUUCAGGGGCAGAGGGAGAUUUUAGAGUAACAUUGCUCUCCCCAUUUCAUGUUGUUGCUAUUUCAGAAUGCUUUAGGAUUCACAAAAGUCACAGUUUCAUGCUUGUUUUGGUGGUGACGUGUGGUUUUGUGGAUGUUCAUGUUUAUGUCUAUGUUUAUCUUGCUGAAGAAUUUGUACUGGAUGAAGUUAAUUAUAGAUGUUUAUUUUGAAUUUAUAUAACUU